ACAGCUGCUAAAUAUGAAGCUCUGCAAACUUUUCUGCUGCUUUUGCCCACCGGUGCCUCCUAAGGAGGGUGAGAUGGAUGACAUGGCCAGGCCAAGGGCCCAGGCUGUGGGCAAAAAGGGCAAGACCAACCCCAGCAAGAAGAAGAUGAGGAAGGAGGCCAAAAAGAUAAAACAUGAGAAGAAUGAUGUGAAGAAAAAAGAAGAGGAGAUGAAGAUGAAGAUGGAUAAACCCAUGGCUAUGGACGAGGGGAAAGGAGAUGGGGCCAGCAAUGGAAGCAUGCCAGCAGUGGACAUGAUGGGGCCAGCAGUGGACAUGCCUGGUGCUGACCCAGUGACUCUCUCUGGCCAGUUAGCUAAGGAGGCAGCUGAUGCAAGCUCAAAGGCCGUACAGCAGCCAACAACUCCCCCCAACCUGACUACUGGGGCUGAGAAGCCGGUGGAGAGAGUGACCUGCAAAACCAUUGUGGAUCAUGGUGAGACGGAUGGGGCCAGUAGUGUAAGCUCCUCCAUCAGCCCAUGUGAUCUGUUGGCCACUCUGAACUCUGUGGCUGAAGCUGAUGGUGACAUAGUGGCUUUGCUGGAUCACCUGAAAGCAGCAAAUAUGACACACUUGGCUGUGGAUAGCAGACCUCGACUGCGGCAGCCCACUGCUCGCGUCAACCUGGACAGGGAGAGCUCCAUGGGGGGAAAGCCUGCCCUCCGCCAGCCCACAGCUCGCCUCAGACUGGACACUGGGCCUGAGAAGCUGAUCCCCAAGGAGACCUUGGAUGAUCCUCAGGCAGAUGGGUCCAUGGUGAAUGGUGGCCAGUGCUCUACUCCAGCAGUGGACGCUCCCCAUUCAGCAGUGACAGAGGCCGUGAUUGCUCAUCCCUGUUUGUCAACUGACACUGCAGAUGUCUCAGGAUCUGGUGACCUGCAGCAGCCAGAGAUGGGAUUGGCUGCCAUUGUUACAGGAGAGAUGUCAGCUGGAGGAGGACAGGAGGAGGAAGCUGACGAGCAGGCCUAACGCCCAGGCCUGAGAGACAUCCAAAUACACACUGAACACACACACACACAC